GUUCGCGCCAUUUUCCUGCUGUCCGAACCCUUCUCCGUAGAGAAUCAUCUCCUCACACCGACCAUGAAGUGCGCCCGACACGCUAUUCGCCAGCGUUAUCAGAACGUACUUAAGAAGCUGUUCGCCAGCGGUGAACUCGACUAG